AUGCAAGCAUUCAAACACGAGAGUCACUUGCGUAACCUGAAGCUUUCUGGUCACGUCGGGUUUGAUAGUCUCCCUGACCAGUUGGUAAACAAAAGUGUUCAAAAUGGAUUCGUCUUCAAUAUACUUUGCGUUGGCGAGACUGGUUUGGGCAAAAGUACUUUGAUGGAUUCAUUGUUCAACACCAACUUUGAAGCAACACCAAGUCCUCACUCACUGCCAAUGGUUAAAUUGAAGGCUCAAACUUACGAAUUACAAGAAAGUAAUGUCAGAUUAAAGCUGACAAUCUGCGACACCAUCGGCUAUGGUGAUCAAAUAAACAAAGAUGAUUCAUUUAAAGCAGUUGUUGAUCAUCUUGAUGCUCAAUUCGAAGCUUACUUACAAGAAGAGUUGAAGAUUAAACGUUCGCUCUCAAUGUACCAUGACAGUCGUAUUCACAUUUGUUUGUACUUCAUUUGUCCCACCGGUCACGGUUUGAAAUCUUUGGAUCUGGUUUGCAUGAAGAAAUUGGACACCAAAGUAAAUAUCAUUCCGAUAAUUGCCAAAGCUGACACCAUUUCGAAGACAGAAUUGCAGAAAUUUAAGGCGAAAAUUAAUGAAGAAUUGCAAGCUAAUGGCGUUCAAGUUUAUCAUUUCCCGACCGAUGACGAAACAGUUCAAGAUAUCAAUAAUUCGAUGAAUGCUCAUGUUCCCUUCGCUGUCGUCGGAAGCACAGAAUUCAUAAAGUUGGGUAGCAAAAUGAUUCGAGCUCGUCAAUAUCCUUGGGGAAUCGUACAAGUCGAAAAUGAAGCUCAUUGUGACUUUGUGAAGUUACGAGAAAUGUUGAUUCGUACCAACAUGGAAGAUAUGCGCGAGAAAACACACACACGUCAUUACGAACUAUACCGUCAAAAGCGAUUAGAGCAAAUGGGUUUCACUGACGUUGACAGUGAAAACAAGCCCGUGUCAUUCCAACAGACAUUUGAAGCAAAACGCACAAAUCAUGUUGCUGAAUUGCAGGCAAAAGAAGAUGAAGUGCGUCAAAUGUUUGUGGUUCGUGUGAAAGAGAAGGAAUCUGAGUUGAAAGAAAGUGAAAAAGAGCUCCAUGCGAAAUUCGAGAAAUUGAAGAAAGAUCAUGCUGAGGAUAAAAGAAAGUUGGAGGAAGCUCGCAAGAAACUUGAGGAAGAGUUUGUUGAAUUUAAUCGACGUAAAUCUCAACUGGCAACUUCCCACACUUUAACAUUGGGAAAGAAUAAAAAGAAAUAGAAUUUUAGCUUCUUCGAUAACUAAGAGCUGAUUUAUUUUCAUGACAAAGCUUUUCUAGAGCUUUUUUUACUUCCUACUCCUUUACAUAUAAUACAAAAAAAUAUUUUUCUCAUAUAUUUUCUACAUUCGAUGUGUUUGACAAUUGAAACUAAUAAUAAGUUUUGUUGCCAAAGUGCUAUUUGAUAUUUAACAGUUUCAUGCAUGUUUUAUUCAUCAAACCUCAAUUUGUUUGACUUAUCAUAAGCAUCAUGUGGUCAUGUCGACAGUUUUUACUUUUCAAUUCAGUUCACCGCACAAAGAAAUCUUCAAACUAAUAAAGCAAUUAUUUCAUUCAUUUGUGAAUUGAUAACAAUCGCAUUACCGCAUUCAUCAUUAGAUUUUAAGUGUAUUUAGAAUAAAUGCUUAUAAAAGAGAUUUUUAGAAGAAAUCGACAAAUUUUAUCUUCUAGACUUAACAAAUGAAAAACCGAGAAGAUUCUUUUUCUAAACUUUAUAGAAAGUCAAAGUUAGUUAAGCUGUAAAAAAAGGCAAAAAUAAUUUUCUUUUGAAAUAAAUUCAAAUUUUAAAAUUAAUAUAUUAAAAUAAAGAUUUAAACAAAAC